CGCAAUCAACCCGCUCCCUUUUUGCGCCGCCUCCAAUUCUGACGCGUCUCCCUUUCUCACUUGCUAGUAAGCGAAGAGAAAAGCCACCCUUUGUCACCAGUUUCUGCCCGCUCCACCGAAACUGACGCCCGAAUCACUGGCCAGUCUUUGGUCUCGGCCGCCGCCCUGUUACCCUUCUCCAUCCGAGCAAAGCCUCCCCCAGUGAGUGCACUGGUCGACGACAUACAACCAACCCCUGAACUCGCUCGACUAUCGUCGUUCACCCUCCUUCGUCGACACCCGUGCGCAUUGGUCCCGGCAAGACAAACCCGCGCCAGCCAAGAUGUCGGACAAGAAAAGCGAUGACUUCGUGCUGCGCAUGCCCGAGCGGGGCGACUCGUUCCGCGAGGAGAAGGACAGCUUUCUCGAGCGAAGGCAGUCGCACAGAGCCAGUGCCCCGGCGCUGCACGACAAGCUCGCAAAGGUCCAGAACAACCCCGGGAUAUCUAUCCUCGCGUACUGUCUGUCGUCCAUCUCCAUGACGGUGGUCAACAAGUACUGCGUCUCCGGCAAGAACUGGAACCUGAACCUUUUCUAUCUGGCCGUCCAGUCCAUCGUCUGCAUCGCUGCCAUUAUGAUUUGCAAGAACGUGGGCAUGAUUACGAGUUUGGCCCCCUUCGACACGGAAAAGGCAAAGAAAUGGUACCCGAUCUCUCUGCUUCUCGUGGGCAUGAUUUACACGAGCACCAAGUCCCUCCAGUUCCUCUCUGUGCCUGUCUACACCAUCUUCAAAAACCUGACCAUCAUCGUCAUUGCGUACGGAGAAGUCCUCUGGUUCGGCGGAGAGGUGACGCCGAUCGCCCUGCUCUCCUUCGGGUUGAUGGUUCUCAGCUCCAUCAUCGCUGCUUGGGCGGAUAUUCAGGCUGCCUUGUCAGGUGGAUACGACGCGUCUGUGAGCGUCUCGACCUUGAACGCCGGGUACGCGUGGAUGGGAAUGAACGUGUUCUGCACUGCUUCAUACGUCUUGACCAUGCGCAAGGUCAUCAAGAAGAUGAACUUCAAGGACUGGGAUUCCAUGUUCUACAACAACCUGCUUACCAUCCCGACCCUCAUCGUUGCCUCCCUCAUCUUUGAGGACUGGAGCUCUGCGAACCUCCAACUCAACUUCCCGGAGGAGUCCCGCAAUGCGCUGAUCAUCGGCAUGAUCUACUCCGGUCUGGCCGCCAUCUUCAUCUCCUACUGCUCGGCCUGGUGCAUCCGUGUUACCUCUUCGACGACCUACUCCAUGGUUGGCGCCCUCAACAAGCUGCCUAUUGCUGUGUCGGGUCUCAUCUUCUUCGCUGCUCCGGUCACGUUCGGCAGUGUCUCGGCCAUCAUCCUGGGCUUCAUCAGUGGCAUUGUGUACGCCUGGGCCAAGAUCCGAUCAACCGAGCAGUCCAAGAAUUCGCUCCCCACACAGCAGCCAGUCAUGAGCGCCAGCUCUCAGAGCAACAAGGAUGCCUCGAUGUCAUAGAAGAGCGAGAAGCGACUGUUCUCUGAGGGCAUCAGUCACGUCGGUCGGCCAGCUUGCAACUGACGUGAGUGCGGGGCCCGCAGUGAGGAGCCAUGGGCGCUUCAGCGAUUUCGGAACAGGCAAAACUGGGACAUCAUAUCUUGGUUUCACCCUUGUAUAUCAGUUUACCCAUUCCCAUUCUUGCCCUCCUGGUUUCUUCCUGGGAUACAACUGGGCAAACGGACUGUGUCCAUUAAGCCGACGAACACGUGUAUGACUAUUACACUUUUAAUGAUGGAUGCCACACAUGGACGGGGUGCACUUUAAGGGACGGCCUUUGGCACGUCAUUGCUGAUGGCGAAGGACCGGAAUGCCAAGAAGGAAAUGAUCACAAGGCAUGAGAGGCUGGUGUGUCUAAAGACUCACAGAAUGCCCAAUGCGUACAUGCAUACUCCAAAUGAAGCUUAUACUAGAAUUAAUUUAUGACAUUUAUGAUA